CGUCAGAGCAUGCGCAUGCAUGAUAUCCCUGUUCGGUCCUGCUGUCAGAAGAUUGAGGGGCUAGCUGAAUGUUGUGGUGAAUGACUUCAGGGUCAUAGAGACAGACUACUUACAUUGAAAGAGAAGAAUGAGAAUGCAGUAGAAAGCGGGCUAAUGAAGCCUUUCUGCAGCACAUAGGUUGUCGUGGAGUCAUAGAAACCGAAGGGCAAGUACUGAUGAUAAAGAUGCGGAGUGAAGAUUUAAAAUUGUCAUCUGUGAAAAAGAAGAAAAGUAAAUUAAGUGUCAGUUCAAAAGGCGAACCAGAAAAAUAUGGUUUUAUGGAGCACCAGGAGGAAGAAGAAACAAAGGUGAAGAAUAAAAUGUCCAGUCCUCAUGUCAAUGGAAAAAAGAAAGCUUGGUGCUGGGACCGGUAUCUGGAGGAACAGAAUGCAAUAGCAGCACCUGUCAAACUGUUUACAGAGCACCAGACAUUUCCAUCAAACAACAAUGGCUUUAAAGUAGGCAUGAGAUUAGAAGGCAUUGAUCCACUCCACCCAUCUGUGCUUUGUGUCCUGUCUGUUGCAGAGGUUUUGGGGCAUCGCAUUAGGCUUCACUUUGAUGGCUUUUCACAUUGCUACGAUUUUUGGGUUAAUGCUGAUUCACCUGAUAUUCAUCCUGUGGGAUGGUGUAAAAUGACUGGGCACAAACUUCAACCACCGAAAGCUUAUAAGAAAGAUGGAUUUGACUGGGAAAGUUACCUAACAGCUUGUAAUGUUCAAGCUGCACCAAAGAAUCUGUUUAAAAACCAAAAUACUACUGUGUCACCAUCAGGAUUUCAAGUUGGAAUGAAACUAGAAGCGGUUGACAGAAAGAACCCUUCUCUGGUCUGUGUUGCAUCCAUUGCAGAUGUUGUGGGAAAUCGAUUCCUGGUGCACUUCGAUAACUGGGAUGAUACAUACGAUUACUGGUGCAAUGCCAGUAGCCCGUAUAUCCAUCCAGUAGGAUGGUGUCAGGACAAUGGACGACCACUUACUGCACCUCAGGGAUACCCCAAUCCAGAAAACUUCUCUUGGGAAGAAUAUUUAGAAGAAACAGGCACUUCAGCAGUUCCAGUUACAUCUUUUAAAGUGAGACCAACUCAUGGUUUCCUGGUCAAUAUGAAGCUUGAGGUUGUGGAUAAACGCAACCCUAUGUUGUUACGUGUUGCCACCAUUGUGGAUGCUGAGGAUUACAGAAUAAAGGUCCAUUUUGAUGGCUGGAGUCGCAAGUUUGAUUUCUGGAUCGAUUCAGACACACCCGAUAUUCAUCCAGUAGGAUGGUGCGCAAGGACAGGACACCCUCUAGAAUUACCCCUCAAACCAGCUGACCUUAAGACCACAACAAGCCAGGGAGUGUGCCCAACACCUGGAUGCAGAGGAGUUGGCCACAUCAAAGGGGCAAGAUACACAGGACACCACAGUGCCUUCGGCUGCCCUUACUCGGAGAUUAAUAUGAAAAAGGAGAUGAUACUUCACGAUCGUCUCGGAGGAGAAAAACAAAUUACCUUCGUCCCUGUACAUUUGACACCAAAAACAAAGAGGCUUUAUUGUAUUGAUGCAGAUGAAAGGCCUGAGGAAUAUGAUAUGUAUUCUAGGAGCCCAGUGUCGGAGUACAAUGGAGUAGGUAGUCUCAGAGGAAGGCACACGGCACACCAGCGACUGCCUGGAUACCCUCUGGCUGAAAAACAAGACCUGAAGGUCAAGACAGAACACAACAGUCAUCAUCAAGCUCAGGAAAAUAAACUAUUCACUCCUGCUGUCAAAAAAUCUAAGCUACAAAGCAGACUUGCUCAGUCAGCGACGUAUCUGAAAAUCAAAGAAGAAGAAGAUGAUGAUGAUGAUGAUAUUGACUUGCACAGUCAGUUUAGAGACUACAGUGUUGACAACAUGCAGCAGGCUCUUCACCAGUCUGUCUUCCUGUCAGCCAUGUCUGCUCAACCCAAUCGUGACCUCCCGCUUUGCUGGGAGCAGCACUGCAAACUGCUGCCUGGAGUGGCAGGGGUACAAGCCAGCCGCGUUGCAAACUGGACUGCUGAUGAGGUGGCUAGCUUUGUGCAUUCUCUCCCUGGAUGUGAGGAGCAAGCUAAGCAAUUUAAGGAAGAGCAAAUUGACGGAAAAGCAUUCUUACUGCUCAGCCAAGUGGACAUCGUAAAGAUAAUGAGCGUCAAAUUGGGCCCUGCUCUGAAGAUCUACAAUUCCAUUCUGAUGUUCAAGAAUGCUGAAGACAUGAGCAAAGAAAUGGAAUCUGGAAAUGCUGAGCUUGAUACAUGAAGUAAAUCAUCACACAUCUACCAAGCAGCCCAUCUGUAUACUGUGCAUUCGGCUUUGAUGAUUUAUUACUGUUAAAGGGACCAAGGAUACAUGUGUUUUUGCAAUGACUGGAUAAGCUGUCAUUGGCAAAGGAUAAUCAUGGAUUCUACUAUUUUUAUAUUUCUUGUGUAGUGUAAUUCACACUACUAAAGACACUGGACACAGCCUCCUGUUCUUGGUUGCCUUUAAUGGAACUGGGAUUGAAUGGCUUAAUAAACUGCACAGAACAUGCAUUAUUUAUAGAUUGUAUUUGCUUAAGUGAUUUUUUGUUUUACAGAGUUACUUAAAGAACUGACAAUCAACAAAACUAAAGCAUUGUAUUGUAGCACCAUGCAGGUGUUAACCAUAUAAAGAAACAACAACAGGUAAAAGUCAGUCAAAAGUUAAUUUAAAUCCAUUGUAGGUUUUGCUGUUUUGUGAAGUAAAUACACAUAUGUUUUUAAUAUAGUUAAGCAUUUGUUUUAUUUAUUGUAAGUGAUUUAUAGUAUCUAUUAUAUUGUAAGUAUAUUACAUACAAGCAGCCUGAAGAGAAUAUUUAUUUUGAAUCGGUGCAAAAUGUUGUUCAGCUCUGGAAAAUUGCAUUUAUAUUGCUAUGAGUUCAGUAAAGCAGUUCUGGCUUUCAGAGUGCAAUCAGUGUCACUCCACUUUAACAAUUUUGUAGUUGUUCCAGGUGUGACAUUGAUUUUUUUUACCUGCUUUUUGAGGUUUGUAUUUGUAUAAACCAGUUUAAUCCUGAUUGUCAUUACACAUAAUUACGAAGUACUGUAAUUUACAUAAAAAAGGAAAUUGCCAGCAUCUUUACAAAAUCUCUUGCAGCUGAAAGAACUCUCAAUCAUUGCUCCUCCUGCUGUAAUACAAGUUUCAUUAACAGUGAUUUUUGUUUUCUACUAAGCUAAGGUUCAUUACUGUGCAUUUAUUAUACAUGAUAAAACAAAUAAAGAUGUAUAUUUCUUAGACUUUGCAAUACAAA